AUGCGGCCCGUGAUUGCUGUUGAUGCUACCCAUUUGAAGUGCAAGUAUAAAGGUGUUUUGUUUGUUGCGACCGCAUUUGACGGAAAUCGCAACAUAUAUCCUGUUGCCUUUGGGAUUGGAGAUUUGGAGGCCGAUGCAGCAUGGGAGUGGUUUUUGAGAAAAUUACAUUGUGCAAUUGGUGAUUGCUCGAAUCUUGUUGUCAUAUCUGAUCGCAAUGUUAGCAUACAACAUGGGUUGCGUAGAGUCUUUCCUGGGGCAAGCCAUGGUAUUUGCUUUUAUCACUUGAAGGGCAAUAUGAAAGCCUCAUUUCACUUGAAGCAACGGGAUCCGAUAUUGGGGUAUUUUAUAAGGGCAGCGAAGUCUUAUCGUCUAGCGGAGUUCAAUCGUCACUUCUCGAUGAUAAACAAUGAGCGAGUGCGAACUUAUCUGCUACGUGCAGGCGUUCAGAAGUGGUCUCGGGCCCACUGUGAUGGACGACGCUAUAAUGUGAUGACAACGAAUAUUGUGGAGUCCAUUAAUUCAGUUCUUCGUUUUGCAAGGAUGCUUUCGGUCCUACACUUGAUCGAUGAAAUCACAAAUUUACUUCUCACUUGGUUUAGUCAACGUCGAGAUUUAGCAAUGAAAUGUCAUUCUACAUUGUGCCCUGAUUUGGGUGAACAGAAGUUAAGGAAGAGGUUAGACGCUGCGUCAAGGAUGAAUGUGGUCAAAAUCAAUGAUGUUGAGUAUAAUGUUCUGGAUGGGGAUUUGAACGGUCUGGUGCACUUGGCAAACCGUAGUUGUACGUGCAGGAAGUUUGACUUGGAGCAACUCCCGUGCAAGCAUGCUAUUGCGGUAUGUCGGCACUUGAAUUUGAACCCCUACUCCUUUGCCUCUUCUUAUUAUACACGAGCUACAUGGGCAGCUGCAUAUGCUGAAUCUAUUUAUCCUGUACCACCUAAAGGCACAUGGGUUAUUCCCGAACAUUUGAACAAUGUCAAAAUCCUUCCUCCUGUUUGUAAGGUUAUGCCGGGCCGUCGCAAAAUGCAAAGAGUACCUUCCAAAGGAGAGGACUCCUAG